AUGGUGGCAGCCCGCGUUUGUGGUUGUGGCUCCUGGUGCCUGCCCCAGCCGUGGCCGCGCUGGCGACCAAGCCCACCAUGCCCACCUCGCCCGGCUGUUUGGCGCACCAAGUACCGGGCCUCGAGCGAAUCACGGCUGCGAGCGGCGCCCACAGCGAGAUCGGCCUCAGGACCCAGCGCUCGACAGAUCCACGGAACUGCUGUUCGCCAAUGGCCGUCGCCUUAG